AUGGCGUCCUUUGUGCCCGAGCAGGGCCUGUCCCCCCCCCCUUGCAGACGCGCUCUCACCAAGCAGGAGCUCCCAUCUCUGGGCCUCGAUCCGACCAGCUUCAGCCUCUACAGCCCUCCGUCUCCACCUGAGUCCACCUGGCUCCAACCGUCCACCAACCACAGCUUCGCCCCCAGCCCGGAGCAGACCCCCUUCACCACAGGAAGUCCCCCAGGACUCCCGAUGCCAUUCAGAGACUUCCACCCGCAUCUCUACGGGCUCCAGAGGAGCAUGCCCUGGUUCUCCCAGGAGGAGAUGCUGAGUUUGGUUCGCCCACCGUACUCUUACUCUGCCCUCAUCGCCAUGGCAAUAAAGAGCGCGCCAGAGCAGCGGCUGACCCUCAGCCAGAUCUACCAGUACGUCUCCGACAACUUCCCCUUCUACAGCCACAGCAAGGCCGGCUGGCAGAACUCCAUCCGCCACAACCUGUCGCUCAACAACUGCUUCCAGAAAGUUCCCCGUGAUGAGAACGACCCAGGUAAAGGUAACUACUGGACUCUGGACCCAAACUGUGAGAAGAUGUUUGAUAAUGGAAACUUUCGCCGCAGGAGGAAGAGGAAGAACGACUGUGAGACCACUGACAAAAAACUUUACCACUCUUCCUCGCCUGCCUCCUCCUCCUCAUCGCCAUCCUCCUCAGAGCCCAGCCCCAAAGUUCCCAGCAUGCACUGCAGCAGUGGGUACACUGAGCUGCCUCCUUUCUCAGGCGCUGCGCCCAGCCUCAGCAGCUUCCUCUGCCACCUCCGGGACUCACGCUUCCUCUCUCCUCCUCCUCCUCACUCCUCUUCGCCUUACAUGAAGUUACCUGAGCAUGCCUCCCCACCUUCACCUCCCCAGGGGUACGUCUCGUCUUAUUCACCAGGUGCUGUGGUGCCACAGUGGGACACCAGCAGUUCUACUCCACCCUUCUACACCUCAUCACCUCCUCUCUUCCCCUCCUCCCAGUCAAAUCCCAGAAACUUCUACCCUCUGCCCGACCCUCAGACCGGCUCACCUUCGCUCUACACUGAGCUGCAGACGGCGUCCUGCCCUCAGCCGGAGCUGCAGCAGCUCCAGCAGCCGCAGGCCCAGAGCGAGCCUCUGUUCUCGGUAGGCUUCAGUGACUCUCUGCCCCUGGACUCACUGGUCCUCCAGCACUGAAGCAGACUCACCUGUCCAUGCUGAGGUCGCUGUAAAACUGUGUUGAUAUUUCUAUUUAUCUCUUUUCUUAAGCUUUUC